GGAACGGCCGACCAGUCGGCGGUACGUGCUGAUGCGGUACGCUUUGGUUUCGUGUGCUUCGAGCAUAUUUACAAGCAUAUCCGUAUCCGUCAGAUACGAGCGCAGCUACGAGUCCAAGCUACUAAUUAGCCAGCCAACUAGUAGUACGCACUCUUUACUAAUUUUUACUUGCUUUCGGGGCGGUCGGGGACUCUCUUUAACAAAUUGUGUAAUCAUUUUUGCGAAAAUGCCAACAGCAGCUACAACAGCAGCAGCAGCAGCAGCAGUAACAACAAAAAUUGCUAAAAACAACAAAUAUUUCGCGUGUUCUUCACAGCUCAUAAAAUUGUUUACUGCCGUUCGCGUAGGAAGUCGCACGUAGGCAGUGGAACGUUAGAAUGCGCGUGUGUAUUUGCAGAUACAAAGAUACAAUCAAAUUAUUGAUGAUUGGUGCUACAACAAAUUGAUGUGCAUGUUGGACACGUUAAAUACUGCAGCAUACCAAAAAGCAAAAAAUAAAACAAAAUCAAAAACAAAUCAAUCAAUUUUAAACAUAAUACAAAACUACACAAAAUCAAAAUCAACUGAAACAAAAAUACUCAAACCAGAUACUCUGCAUGUAUCUCAACUUUAUUCACACGGUGCAAAUGUUAUAACUAUCUUUUUGUGGAAAUGACCAGGUACAACACUGAACAAGGAGCUAUGGACCAGCAAUUCUGUUUACGCUGGAACAACCAUCCCACAAAUCUGACCGGGGUGCUGACCUCGUUGCUGCAGCGUGAAGCGCUCUGCGAUGUCACCCUCGCCUGCGAUGGUGAAACAGUCAAGGCACAUCAAACCAUACUGUCAGCCUGCAGUCCAUAUUUCGAGACGAUUUUCCUGCAGAAUCAGCAUCCACAUCCCAUCAUCUAUUUGAAAGAUGUACGAUACUCAGAGAUGCGCUCCCUGCUGGACUUCAUGUACAAGGGUGAGGUAAAUGUGGGUCAAAGUUCGCUGCCCAUGUUCCUGAAGACCGCCGAAAGUCUGCAGGUGCGCGGCCUCACAGACAACAACAACCUGAAUUAUCGUUCCGAUUGCGACAAGCUGCGCGACUCGGCCGCCAGCUCGCCCACUGGACGCGGGCCCAGCUAUGGUGGCGGCCUGGGCGCCGAUGUGCGCGACUCACGUGACUCCCUGCGCUCCCGCUGCGAACGCGACCUGCGCGAUGAUCUGCAGCGCAGCAGCAGCAGCCUCAGCCUAAGUGAACGUAGCUCCGCCGCCGCGGCGGCAGCUGCUGCCGCGGCCGCUGUGGCCGCAGCCGGCGGCAAUGUGAAUGCUGCCGUCGCAGCGCUCGGCCUGACAACCAGCGCCGGCGAACGAUCUCCCAGCGUGGGCAGCGCCAGUGCCGCGGCGGCUGCCAUGGCCGCCGCAGUCGCGGCCGCUGCGAACAGAAGCGCCAGCGCCGAUGCUUUAAACAGUCGCGGCGAUGCGGGCAGCGAUCGGGGCAGCGAGCGGGGCACGCUCGAGCGGGCUGAUAGUCGGGAUGAGCUGCUGCAGCUGGACUACAGUACCAAGGAUAAUAAUAAUAGUAACAGCAACAACAACAACAACAACAACAACAACAACAAUAGCAGCAGCAGUAGCAGCAACAAUAACAACAACAACAACAACAGCAGCAGCAACAACAACAACAACAACAAUCGAGAGCGCAACGAUAGCAGAGACAGAGAUCGGGACAGGGAGCUCUCCACGACGCCCGUGGAUCAGCUGUGUAGUAGUAAGCGCAGACGUAAGAACUCAUCAUCCAACUGUGAUAAUUCGUUGUCCUCGAGCCACCAUGCGAAUGCGGCCCACAUACAGGACAGACACUACGCGCAGGACUCUCAGGCGAGCAACUUCAAGUCGAGUCCGGUGCCGAAAGCGGGCGGCAGCACAUCCGAGUCAGAGGACGCGGGCGGCGGCAGGCGCGAUUCGCCGCUCUCGAUGACCGUUGGCCAUCUGGGCGGUGGCAAUGUGGGCGCGGCCAGUGCGCUGAGCGGACUCAGUCAGUCGCUAAGUAUUAAGCAGGAGCUAAUGGAUGCACAGCAACAGCAGCAGCAACAUCGUGAGCAUCACGUGGCGCUGCCUCCCGAAUACUUGCCGAGCGCUGCUCUGAAAAUGCACGCCGAGGAUAUGUCCACGCUGUUAACCCAACACGCGCUGCAGGCCGCCGACGCACGGGAGGAGCACAACGAUGCCAAACAGAUGCCACUCGAUCAGACGGACAACAUUGACGGUCGCGUUAAAUGUUUUAACAGUGCCCCCAAGCACAGUGCGGACGACGACGUCGAGCUCGGUGUGGCCGUUGCCGUCGUCGCAACGGCUGACCAGCAAAUGGCUGCUGAUGAGGAGGAGGCGGAGGCCGAAGCAGCGGCGGCGGCGGCGGCAGCGGCAGCGCUCGCCUACCAUGCCACGCCCAAGUAUAGGCGUGCCAUAAUCUAUGCACCGCAUGAGGAGGAUAUACCCGCGACGGACCUGUACAUGGACAACAACAACUUUAAUUGCGAGUACAAGUGCAAGGAGCGCAAUAUGCGCGCCAUACGCUGCAGUCGCCAGCAACAGCAGCAGCAGCAACAGCAACAGCAGCAGCCGCAUCAUCAGCUGGCGGCAGCGCCACAAACGGCACUGAAUCUGGGCCGGCACAGCAGCGCCAUUGUGGCAGCCACAGCCGCCGAGACGCUGUGCGGCGCCGAGGCGGCCUACUCGCCCACGCCCACUUCGAGCAGCAGCAGCUAUCGGGAGCAGAUGCAGCAGCAACAGCAGGCGCCGCACUUGAGCUACGCACUGCAGCAGUCGCCCAAUGGCAUAGCCAAUGCAUUGCAGCCGAGCCAUCAGCUGGAGCUGGCCCAUAGCUAUGCCCACCAUGCCCAUCAUGUGCCGCCCCAUGGUGCACUCAGUUCGCCGCACUAUCCGCCAGCGCUCUCGCCGCAGCCCAGCUCCUCGUCCGCCUCGGGCAGCAGCACCUCAGCAGCAGCGGCUGCGGCUGCUGCAGCAAAUCGUCGGGAUCAUAACAUCGACUACUCCACGCUCUUUGUGCAACUGUCCGGCACGCUGCCCACGCUCUAUCGCUGUGUCAGCUGCAACAAGAUUGUAUCCAAUCGCUGGCAUCACGCCAACAUCCAUCGGCCCCAGAGUCACGAGUGUCCCGUCUGUGGCCAGAAGUUUACGCGGCGCGACAAUAUGAAGGCCCAUUGCAAGAUCAAGCAUGCGGAUAUCAAGGAUCGUUUCUUCAGCCAUUAUGUACAUAUGUGAUCACUUCUUUAGAUAGUUAGACCCCUGUGACGAUAUGUAAAACCCUCUACAAGCAAUUGCAGACCACCCUCAGUUAUAUAAUUACGUAUACCUAGAACCCUAAGAGUUUCCGAGAGUUUCUUCAGCGCUCACCGCAAUUUACUUAAAGGCAGGUAAAAGAAAUUAACAAAAAAACAAAUCAAAUCAAAUCAAAUCGAAUCGAAUAAAAGGUUUUCAAAUUUAAACUUAUAAAAUCACAUACGUAAUAUUAUAAUGCUGAAAGAUAAAGGUAUUCGAGUAUUCGAGCAGAUUUUAGCUAAUUAUCAAUAUAUAUAUAUACAUAUUGUACUCUUGUAGUUGAUUUAUCAAAAGACUUUCUAUUAAUUGUUAUUCAAAUAACCUCUAGACGCUUUUUUACAUCAUUUUAAAAUAUGGUACUACACAUAUUUGAUUAUUAUAAACCGCAUAUACCGAGGCCAGUACUUAAGUGAAAACUUUAAAAAGUAUUACAAUUAGAAUUCCACAACUUUACGUUUACCAGUUAAACCUAUUUGCUUAGGUUAUCAUUUGUUUGUUUAUUUAUUUAUACAAUUUAUAUAAUUUAUUUAAACAUUUAACAUGUGCUGUAGUGAGUUUUGACUAAUACUAUUUUGUGUGCCAUAUUAUAUAGUACUUAAACUUCUAUUCAAUUAAUCAAAGCAACAAUAAUAACUUUAAAAAAAAUGCAAUUUUGUCGACCAAUAAUAAGAAAGAAAAUCAAAUUUUAAGCAACAAAUGCAACGAGUGAGGCUUAAGAGUAUCUAAAACUACGGGAAAGCAAAGAUCAAACGUAAACAAAAGCAAUAGAGAUCAAAACGAUUUCAUAAAUCACUAAGAAACAAGACUAUUUUAAAUGUAUAAACAAAGAAAUUGUUAAAAAUUCAAACUAAACCAUAACGCGCUCAAUUCCAAAAGCAUAAAUAGGUGCUGCAGACAAAUUUGAGCCCCUGCGAGCACUUCGAGCCAACUUUUACAUAUAAACAGGGCUGCAAACCUAACGAAAUUUGCCGCUAAACCCAUUCACGGUUCAGUUCACGUCUCGAACCUGUUCUUUAACAUUCAUGAAACCAGGCUUUGAUACAAAUUGUAAAAUUGUAAAACCAUUCGGUUUUCUUUUUAUUUUAAGGCCACAGCUCACUCAAAUUGUAAAACCAUUCGGUUUUCUUUUUAUUUUAAGGCCACAGCUCACUCAAAUUGAUAAAAACAAAAAUAAAUAUUUAAAUACAAAUUUCGAGUUUGAACCAGUUUGGUUCAAACCCGCUUUGCAGCCUUGUAUAUAUGACAAGGUAUAUUUGAUAUUUGCAUUGAAAUUGGGCGCUCGUUAAAUAAUUGGACUCGUAUCUUUGGCAAGACACCCACCGGAGUGCAUUAGUUGCAGAUUUCUAUUUGAGAUAAUUAUUUAAAUUAAAAAAAACAAAAGUAUUUGAAAGUGGUUUGCUAAAGAAACAAUAUGUUAGCCAAACACACACACACACACACACAAACACACACGCAAUACUCAGCAAUAAACAAUUAGAAGACAAAAAUGAAAUGCAUUGUAUUUAAAACAAGAACAAAAAUAGUCGUAGCUUAAGCAAAUGCAAAUGCAAACUCUUAAAACUAUUUUAAAGAUAAACACAACAAAUCAGCAAGCAAUACUUAACUUCUUUAACUUUACUUAAUAAAUCUCUUUCAAAUCGAA